UAAUAUAUUUUCCAGAUAUUCGUGAAGUAGAGGGCUUCCCUACUGGAUAUAAACAAUAAUUUUGAUUGAACUUUGAAGCAAAUUCUUCAUCCGCUUUCUAAUAAUCGAUCGAUUGGUAAGUUGUAGCGAUCACUCAGAUCUGUCUGUAUACACAGAGAGAGAGAGAGAGAGAUUGUGGAAGUAAUCAGUGUGUGGUGGUGGGAAGAUGGAGAAAAUGAAUCAGGCAUUCGAGAAGGUAAAGAUUCUGGUGGGUAUGGAGGUGGACGAUGAACAACCACCUCAAGACGAGAGCUCUUUUUCCUUCGUCGACGACUUCAACCGUAAUUGCACUUUGUCUACCACUCAGAGGCUUCAAGGGUUUGCCAUAUGCUUCGUUGCUGGUUUAACUUUUACACUCUUGUCUAUGCUUGUGUUCUUGAAUCCAAUCAAGUUUGGAAUAACCUUUACCUUCGGCAAUUUGCUCUCACUUGGGAGCACAGCAUUUCUCAUAGGCCCCAAACGGCAAGUGACAAUGAUGCUUGACCCUGUCCGUAUUUAUGCAACGGCUAUAUUCAUUGCAAGCAUGAUAAUUGCCCUCUUUUGUGCUCUCUAUGUUCAUAACAAGCUAUUGACAAUUUUGGCAAUCAUAUUGGAGUUUGGUGCACUUGUUUGGUAUAGCUUGAGCUACAUCCCUUUUGCAAGGUCCAUGGUUUCGAAGGUGAUGGUGGGUUGCUUCGACACCGAGUUUUGAGGAUUACGAAUGCAGUUACCAAAGAAUAAAUUAGGUAUAUACGUUGUCAGUCAUAAACGAAAACUGAGGUCAGCACAUGUCGAUUGUAUCAGCUCAAGCCCUUGAAUGGAAGAUAAACUGCAUGUAUGAAUACCUAGCACUCGGACUAGUUUCUGGGUUAUGAACUUGUGAUGUUACUGAUUUGUACAAGGGUAUCAACUGUCUUCUGACUUUGUUCAAAAACUUGAGGAAGGAAUGUUAAAAUGGUGAAUUCAACUAGUUUUCCCAUGGUAAUGGGGUGAAUUUUUUUUAAAGAGAGGAAUACAUAUAUGCCAAUCCCAGUUUCGACUAA